AUGAAUGUCUGGCAGACCGAUACAGCCUGGUACGCGGCGCUGAUCCUCAUCCCUCUGAUCCCGCUGCUCGGCGCGGCAACCCUGGGCCUUUUUGGUCCGCGGAUGUCCCAUACCGGCGUCAACCUCACGGGCCUUUCGGCCUGCUUCGGCUCCUUCGCCGUCGCCCUCACGUCGGUGAUCCUGUUCCUGCGUGAAGGAAAACCGCUCGAGUACGAGCUGUGGUCCUGGAUGGCCGUCGGUCGUUUCGACAUCGGCUUAACGGUCGGCCUCGAUCAACUGUCGGCGGUUUUGAUCCUGGUCGUUACCGGCGUCGGUUUUCUCAUUCACUUGUACUCAACCGAGUACAUGCACGACGACCCCGCGUACUGGCGGUUCUUCGCGUACUUGAACCUCUUCAUCUUCGCGAUGAGCGUGUUGGUGAUCGGCCGUUCGUUGCCGGUCAUGUUCAUCGGCUGGGAAGGCGUGGGCCUCGCGUCCUACUUGCUCAUCGGCUUUUGGUACACCGACACCGCCAAGGCGGCCGCCGGUCAAAAAGCGUUCAUCGUUAACCGCAUCGGCGACUUUGGGUUCUUGCUCGGCACGUUCACCUUGAUCGCCGUGUUCGGCACCGCGGACUUUUACGAGCUACGCGCCGCGGCCUCCGCGACCACACCGGAAGUUAUCCUGCAAACCGGAAUCUUCGCCGGUUACUCGGUCGGCGGCAUUAUCACCUUCGCCUGCUUGAUGCUGUUCAUCGGCGCCUGCGGCAAGAGCGCCCAGGUCCCGCUGUACGUCUGGCUCCCGGACGCGAUGGCCGGCCCGACGCCCGUCUCCGCGCUCAUUCACGCCGCCACCAUGGUCACCGCCGGUGUCUACAUGGUGUGCCGUUUGUUCUUCCUGUUCGACAUGGCCCCGGCCGCGCUCGAAGUGGUCGGUUGGGUCGGCGGCAUUACCGCUCUCUUCGCCGCGACAAUCGGCCUUGCACAAAACGACAUCAAAAAAGUCCUCGCGUACUCUACGGUGUCGCAGCUCGGUUACAUGUUCUUGGCCGCGGGCCUCGGCGCGUACAGCAUCGCGAUCUUCCACUUGGUAACCCACGCGUUCUUCAAAGCCUGCUUGUUCCUCGGUUCGGGCUCCCUCCCGGUCGUGUUUUGGACCUUCGGCUUUUCGACGCUGGCUCUGGCCGGCAUCGCGCCGCUGUCCGGCUUCUUUUCGAAAGACGCCAUCCUGGCUUACGCCUGGCAGGAAAACCGCGCCUUGUGGGUCAUGGGCUUUUUGGGUGCAGGCCUGACUGCACUCUACAUGUCGCGUUUGGUCUGCAUGACCUUCUUCGGCAAGGAGCUCCGUUCCAAAGACGAAGACGGCCACGAGAUUCACCUGCACAUGCCGGGCUGGGCC